AUGUCGAUUUUUGGAGCAUUGAAAAUCUCGUAGGUUUCAGUGUGUUGUACUGUACCUUUUUAACAAUACUUGCUUUUUACCUCUAUUAUUUCGAAGUUUUUGUUGAAAAUAGUUGAAAACAAAAAAACUAUGUUUUCAGCUUGGUCGAACGAAUUUGGGCAAACAUGGCACUUUUUGCAAAACAACUUCAGGUCAGUGAAAUAUUACGAGUUUUGCAGACUUUUCAGAUGAACCCUGGUUCAAUCUCGAAAAGUUUGGCAUAAAUAUUAGGUCCGAGCUCUUGAAUUUGUCUAACACCGAAAUUAUUUUUUAAAAGUUGUUUUAAAUUAGCUUCAACUGAAAAAUUUCAGCCCGGCCUUUUUACCAAAACAAUUGAAUGUUUUCAGACUAUUACCGCUGGCGGUCUUCGUUCUCAACAAGUUCGAAUGGCAAGUAACGAGGUUUCAUUCCACACAAAGGUUGGUUUUUCUUUCUCAAUUUUCUAGAAAAUUUAAAAAAAAACAAAAUGAGAUAUGUAUUAUAUAGUUUAUUAUUAUUCCAAAUAUUCAAACAAAAAUAUUAAAUAUCACCGAAUCAAAAUAAAUUGCGAAAUAAAUAUUAAACUCGAGCAAUGUUUGAGUAAUAAUUAUCGCGGAAGAGCUUCAGUUUCACCAAAUGAAGAUGCAUUGCAUAAAAGUAGACAACGUCGUGAAUGAUUGAGAAGAAAAGUAAAACUCCAAGAAGAUUGAGAGGAAUAUCAUCUGAAAAGAAACAUGGUUUUCAUGAUUUUUUAAUACAUUCAUUUUAUAAACUUACAAUAUUCAAUUUUCGAAUCCAAAAAUUGUUUGAAUUUGAUUAUGAAUAAAAUUGCUGUUCCAAAUGUAGCAAUGAUUGCGACAAAAAUGUAGAGAGGCAUGAAAAUUCGACGAGUGAAUAAUAGUCCACUGAUUAGGAGUGCUACAAUUGCAAGCCAUUCGACCAUUACAACUCGAGUUAAUGUAGCUUCAUCUAGAAAAAUUAUUCAAUCAUUUUUUAAAAUAUUAUGAUUAGUUGAACUUACCAAAAUGGUCGUUCAUACUUCUAUGAGUAUAAUUUCCAUAUUGAUGAAGAAAACAUCCAGCAUAAUAGCAGAUAGCAAUAAUUGCAAUCAGUAGAUAUGUUAGAGCUCCAAUUGAUGAAUGGGCAAUCCAUUCUAUAUCGAUCUUUUUAGAAUUUGAGGCAUCUCUCAAAACCAUUGUUCGUGCAUCGAUUGUAAGCGGCUGAAAAAUAUAAAUGAAAUAAUAAUUGCAUAGAAACGAAAGAGAAAAGUAUGUAAUUAUUUAGAGAAAUAACAAGUAAUGACUUACCUUAUCAGAACUGACAGUGAAAUCAGAUGGUGGAAUAUAGAAAUAUGAGUUCUCGGCAUCUCUAAUCGAAUAUUUGUUCGAUUUUGAUGAACCAGGAGUAAAAUAUAGAGAUGGCACUGGUGAAGCAGCAAAGUUUGUAUGAGAAGUCAUUUAGAUAGUAAUUAUCGAAAUUAUGGUAAUUUAUGGUCCGAUUACAUUUCUUUUUAUAGUCACUCUUUUAUAAGCCACGCCCCUUUUCAAACCACGCCCAUUUUUUUACCACAUUGGUGUUAUGCGGUAAUCUCUUUGUAAUAAGCACACUUAGGUGUGAAAAAUUUAAAUUGGUUGCCACGUUUGUUCGAAUAAGAAACAAUAGGAGAUAAUGGUUUGGCGUGAAGUUUUGGGGGUGUUAAUAUAAAUAUUGUUGAAUAUAUAAUUGAAUUGAAGAUGUUUGGUGGGAGGUGAUGAAUUUCACUCGACAGCAAUUCGAAAUAACAUUGAAUCAUCUCAAAGCAAUUUUAGAAAAUGGAAAUAUUCAUAGAAACAUUUUUUAAAUUUCUUGAAACGUGAACUGUGACGUGGCAAUUUGGAAAAGUGAUUUUUUUUUCAUUUUUAAAAAUCUAUUUUUAUGAAUUCACACUGUUAUUUUGGUUAUUCUGAGAAAAAUAAAGAGUUCCAGAUUUUUCUUGCAAAGGAAGUUCAUACGGUCUGAACAGCCUUACCUUAAAAAUCGCGAAAAUAAAAACUUAAUCCUUAUUUGCUCAAUUUUUCUGGAAAUUGCUUCAGAAACGAGAAAAAUGCCGAUAAACAUAUUCUUCCCGAAAUGUGUUAAUUCGGCACACUUUUAAAGUGUCAAUUGUGGUCAUUUAACACAAAAGCGUGAAGCCUUUCAAGUUUUUUCGCACUUUUUUGAGAAUGUUUGCCCUGAGCAAGUUAUCAAAUGUUCAAAUUAUUUCAGCCAUACAAAUUGCAUAAACUCGACAACGGACCAAAUACAUCGGUUACAUUGAAUCGUGACGAUGCUCUCAGUUAUUAUCGUCAAAUGCAAGUAAUUCGUCGAAUGGAAUCGGCUGCUGGAAAUCUUUACAAAGAGAAGAAAAUCCGCGGAUUCUGUCAUUUGUAUUCUGGACAAGAAGCUUGUGCAGUUGGAAUGAAAGCAGCAAUGGUUCAAGGCGAUGCUGUUAUUACUGCUUAUCGUUGUCACGGAUGGACUUAUUUGUUAGGAUCGACUGUUACUCAAGUUUUGGCUGAACUUACUGGUUUGUUUUUCAUUGAUUUGAUAGUUUUUGGCACAGUUUCGUUAUAUUAUCCUUAAUUCAGGUCGUAUGGCUGGAAAUGUUCAUGGAAAAGGUGGAUCAAUGCAUAUGUAUACUGAUUCAUUUUAUGGUGGAAACGGAAUUGUCGGAGCUCAACAACCAUUAGGAGCUGGAGUCGCUCUUGCAAUGAAAUAUCGUGAACAGAAAAAUGUUUGUGUUACUUUGUAUGGAGAUGGAGCAGCAAAUCAAGGACAACUUUUCGAAGCAACAAAUAUGGCCAAAUUAUGGGAUUUGCCAGUUCUUUUUGUUUGUGAAAACAAUGGAUUUGGUAUGGGAACACCAGUUGAAAGAUCAUCGGCUUCAGUUGAAUAUUAUACUCGUGGAGAUUAUGUUCCGGGAAUUUGGGUUGAUGGUAUGGAUGUUUUGGCUGUUCGUGAAGCAACAAGAUGGGCUAAAGAAUAUUGUGAUAGUGGAAAAGGACCAUUGAUGUUGGAAAUGGCAACUUAUAGAUAUCACGGACAUUCUAUGUCUGAUCCAGGUACAAGUUAUCGUACUCGUGAUGAAAUUCAAGAAGUUCGUAAAACUCGUGACCCAAUCACUGGAUUCAAGGAUCGUAUUAUCACAGCUUCAUUGGCCACCGAAGAAGAACUCAAAGCAAUUGACAAAGAAGUUCGUAAAGAAGUUGAUGAAGCAUUGAAAAUUGCUACAACUGACGGAGUUUUGCCACCAGAAGCUCUUUAUUGCGAUAUUUACCAUAAUACACCAGCACAACCAGUAAGUUGCAAAAGUUUAACUAAAUCAAUAAUUAUUUUAUUUCCAAAUUAAUUUCUAGGUUCGCGGAGCUCUCAUCGAAGAUACCAUCGUUCAACCAUACAAAACAUCAGCCGACCUUCUCAAAGCAAUUGGAAGAGCAUAA